GUCAGAAGAAACGGUUUUGAGUUUUGUUUGAUGGGAGAUUGUUUAAUUUGUUUUCGUGUUAUAUAAUGAAUUUCAAUCAUAUGGAAAAAUUAUAUGAAUUUGUGUUAUAUGGUGUGGUGAACGUGUUAAUUAAGUUUUUGUGAUUCUUUACUACGUAAGGUAAAAAUAAGCUUUAAAAAAUGCAAAAAACUAGGAUACCAUCUCCCGCGCGUUCCCAAGGAGCUACCACCACUCCAAGACGCAAAAAGGCGCGAAGCAGCCGUAGUUUAUGCUCUCCAGCGCUGUCGACAGCUUCAGGAAGGCUGACGUCACUCAUAGAUCAGUUCAAAGACAAGAACAUGGAGUCAUUUGCCCUGUCUCCGUUGAACGGCAGAUCUGUACUCAAUGAUAAUACUGAUAUUGAUGAACCUAGACGUAAAAGCUGGUGGAAGAAAUUAGAUGAGAACUCUCGAGAUGUUCUGGAAGUAUUAGAAGAUAAUAGGUUGUCUGAUGCCAACAAUGUUGUUGAAGAGUUAAUUGAUAUUGAUAUUUUGAGCCAAGAGAAAAAGAACUACACCCUUGAUUUACCAGAGAGCAGUGACAAUGAAUCAAUCCAUAGCAUCGUACUCCCACAAAGGAGAUUGUUCACGCAAAAAGAAAACCUACCACAAAAGAAGUUUGUCCAACUUAUGGAUAACAGAGAAUCCUUGGCCAAACUACAUAAACCUAACACCACAACUACUGAUAAAACAGUUAAUGUUGGAACUCGAGAGUUAUUUCAAAAUAAGCUAUCCAAACCAAUAUUUGCAGCUGCUUUACUUAACAUAUCCCCAAAUAAAACAGCAGCUGACAAAACUAAAGAAAAUGUGCUAAUAGAACCUAGACCACCAGUCAGAAGUAUCUUUGGCAAUAGACCAGCAAAUAAAAGGAAGAAUAUGUUCGCUGAUUUCAUUGUGUCGGAAAGUGAGGAUGAGAUACCUGAAAUUCAACCCAAAGUAUUUGGUUUCCAAAAGAAGCUUGAACAGAGAAGAAUAAGCUCCAAGGGUUCCCCAACCUCUAGUAUUACUACAGACAUGGAAAUGGAUGAUUGGAGAAUGUUACCCUCAUCCACAAUGGUUGAAAAUCAAAUUGAAGACAUGAUGGGAGGUAACACACCUGUGAAACGAGCUAGACUCAGCAAACUAUCGGAAGCUAAGGAGUCUGAUGCAGGAACUAAUACUCUGCAAACAAAUACAACUGCGGAUAAAACGAAACAAUCCAAUAAAUCAGCUUCUUCUAAGAAUAAGUCUAAAGCUUCACCAGAAAUAAGAAAUGUGUCACUAAAUAAUUCUAGAACUACAAGAAGCAUGCUGAAGAAUGCCACUAUCAUUGAAGAAAAUGCAAACAUGUCUUUAAAACAAAAUUCUAAAGCAAAUAAAUCUCAAACUAAAACAGCUAAAAGUGAUUCAAAUAGAAGCACCCUCAAAGUACAUAACAAACCUGGUACUGAGGAUAUAGAAGAAAACCAGGUAGAUGAUGAAAAUGACCUAACAUUGCGAUACGAAAAUGAUGAAAAUGAAAUUAACGAAGAAGCAACCACCAUAACAAAGGACAACCGAGAAGUACAAAUGAAUAAGUCAAAGAAUAACAAAUCUACUUUAUCAAACAAAUCAAUACAAAAGGCAACAAAGCCUGGUAAAAUAGUUGAAGAAUCUGUAGACUCUCAAAAUAAACUGUAUUCUGCAGAUGAUAAUGUUGAUGGUAAUGUAGAACAGGACCCAACAGUUCGCGAUGAAACCGAGAAAUCUAAGGAAGAAAUUAGUCAAGAAAUAGAAGUAUCUGACCAAAGUGAAGUUGACGAGGCUAAUGUUAGUCAAGAUAAUGUCGAUGAACAAAAUGUAAGUACAGAGGCAAAUGAGAGUCAAGAAGUUGAGAAUGAGGAAGAUGAGAGUGAGAACGAAGAGGAAGCAGCUGUUGACAGUGACGAGAAUGAAGAAGCUAAUGCAAGUGAUUUAAAUCAUGAAAGUCGAGCGUCGGCGGCUGUUAAUGACAGUCAAGAAAUUGAUGAACAAGCAAAUGAAAGUCGCAUCGAUGACGAUAAUGUUGCUUCUGAAAAUGAAGAGGAUGAAGAAAAGACAGCCAACGAGAGUGAAGUUGAAGAAGCAAAUGAAAGUCAAGAAGUGGAAAGUGAAGCCGAAGUAAGUCAAGAAGUAGAAAAUGACGAAGAAGAAAGCCAAGGACUAGAAAAUGAAGCAGAAGUAAGUCAAGCAGUAGAAAAUGACGAAGAAGAAAGCCAAGAACUCGAAAAUGAAGCAGAAGUAAGUCAGGAUGUUGAAAACGAAGCAGAAAUAAGUCAGGAAGUUGAAAAUGAUCAAGAAGACAGUCAUGAAGUCGAGAAUGAUGAAGAGGAAAACGAAGAAGCUGAGAAUGAUGAAGAGGAAAACGAAGAAGCUGAGAAUGAUGAAGAGGAAAGUCGAGAAGUGGAGAAUGACGAAGAAGAAAGUCAGGAAAUUGAAAAUGAUGAGGAACAAGAACAGAUUGAAAGUGAUGCUGAAGUUAACCAAAGUGAAGAAAUUGAUAAUGACCAGCAAAUGGACAACAGUGAUGAAGAUGAUAAGGCUAUCGCAAGCGAUCCAGAGAUUUCCGAACAGGAUGAUGACUUUGAUCAGGCUGAUGCAAUGGAAGUCGAUGAUGAAAAUGAUGAACAAGAAUCUGAAAAUGAUCAAAGUCAUCAAGCAGAACGUCAGAACGAAGUAGAACCAAGUACAGAGGAAAUUGCUGAAUCUCCAGACGUCACUCAUGACACUACUGGAAGACAUAGAAAGAAACAUUUGAACAAAUCUCCAGAAGUGAUUCGACACGACAAAACUAACCAAAUGGAUUCCUUCACCGCCACGGGCCGUAAUACCAGUGUUAGAAAAACUAAGAGCAUGAUCAAAAAUCUACAUAUUAGACCAAGUUUAGCUCCUCCGAGGAAUAGUACAGGAUUUUCUGACGGUACUACGAAUUCUAGCGCUGAAGGAUCCGGUUGGGACUCGCAUAGAACCACCCGCAAAACGCUAAGACAAACAUUCGGCAAAGAUUUUACACCCAGGAAAUCUUUGAGAGCUCUAGUUAUGGAGAAAUCAGCUAAAAGGCAAACGGAACAUUUAGAUUUGCAUUCGGAAACAGUGAAGUUUCCUCAAGCCAAUUCUACUGAGUUGCCAGAAAUUUCGAAUCGUGAUGAUGUUGAAGAUUUUGUGGAGUCAGACCAUGAAGUGUCGAUGCGGACGCGCCAGACCACGCUAGAAAUGUAUUUGGAGAAAAUUAAGCAGCAAAAUAAUGAGAAGAAAGCUAAAAUGCAAGAAUUAGUGAGAAAUUCUCUCAACAAAGUUCCUGUGAGAGACCCACUGAACAUGUUCAAAGUGCCCAACAAGCCAGCUCCGCGCCGCCCCAAACCUUCUCAAGCCAAGCCUAAGAAACAGUUCUCAUCUAUCAUAGCUUUCGACAAUUUGCCUCCCGAGCUGAAAGAAGACUUGAAAUAUAAGCCCCCAAAGAGGUUCCAGCCUAGUAAUGCGUCGUGGAUCACUAAGAGACUGUAUAAGUUCUUGGAGACUAAGUUGGAGCCUAAAUACGACUACAAAGCGCGGGUUCGCUCAGAGAAGCUAGUGGAAACCAUCUACCACUUCACCAAGGACCUGCGCCGACACACGGUGGCUCCCACUGAUGCUGUCGAUGUUCUCAAGCAAGAGCUCGCGAGGUUGGACGUCGUGAGCACACACUUUGAGUUCUACGAGUUCUUCCAUGACUUCAUGCCGAGGGAAGUUAGGAUUAAGGUUGUCCCAGACAUAGUGAAUAAAAUACCUCUUCCUCGACACGGAGUGUUUUCUAAGAUCAUUCGUGGCAACACACCAUGAGGAUAAUGAUAGUAUUUUUGUUUGAGUUAAUGUGUUUUAUUAAUCAUGACCUGUUAAUUUUAAUUAGAGUAUACUUUACAGA